UAAUUUUAUUAAUUGGAUGUAAAACAAAUCAAUUUUUUAUAUGGUAGAAAAAGUUCCAUUAACAAUUUUAACGGGGUAUUUGGGAUCAGGAAAGACUACAUUGCUUAAUUAUAUAUUGGAGAAACAACAAGCAAAAAAAAUUGCUGUUAUAUUAAAUGAAUUUGGUGAUUCAUCAGAUAUUGAAAAAUCAUUAUCAAUAAGUAAUAAUGGACGAAUUUCAGAGGAAUGGAUUGAAUUAAAUAAUGGAUGUAUGUGUUGUAUGAUAAAAAAUAAUUCUGUAGUAGCAAUUGAGAAGUUAAUAAAGAGAAGGGGGAGUUUUGAUUAUAUAUUAUUAGAAACAACUGGUCUUGCUAAUAUAGGAUCUAUUGUUUCUAUGUUUUGGCUAGAUGAUUCUUUGGAGUUUUCAUUAUAUCUUGAUGGAGUAAUUACUGUAAUCGAUUCUCAUAAUAUUAUCCGUGAUCUUGAAAAUGUAUCUAAUGAGCAUGAAAUAACUAUUGCUCAUGUACAAAUUUCUCAUGCUGACGUUUUAAUUAUAAAUAAAACAGACUUAUUAAAUGAAAAACAACUUCAAAUUGUUAUAGAAAGAAUAAAAGGUAUAAAUUCACAAGCUAAAAUCAUUUUUUCCACUUAUUCUCGAAUUGAUGACGUUUCUUCUAUUCUAAAUCUUCAUGCAUAUGAUAAUAAAUCUACAUUAUCCAUGGAACCAAAAGAAAUCACAUAUCAUGAUCCAAAUGUUACAACAGUAACAGUCCAAUUGAGAAUAUUAGAAAAUGAACAACAAAAAUCUCAGCUCGAAUCCUGGAUUCAAUCUAUGUUAUGGGAAGGUGAAAUAUUAUCUACUGGCUCUGAUAAAUAUCCAGUAGAAAUAUAUAGACUUAAGGGAAGAAUUAUUCUCAAAAAUACAUCAUGGUUGGUACAAGGUGUUCGUGAGCUUUAUGAAUUUAUUCCUGAACCCACUUCAAAUACUUUUCUAUCUACAAAACUUAUCUUUAUAGGUAAAGGACUUUUCCAAAUACCUUUACAGAAUAUUUUAGAUACAUUUAUGAAUUUUAAAUAGUUUAUUUAAAAAAUAUCUAUAUAUAUUUUUUGUAUAUCUAUUUUAU